CCAGAGGCAGAAGGUGUAUUAGAACGAGGAUCGUUUGACGGUUAAAAAUUAGGCAAAAUUGAAAAGUUCAUUACAGUGUAUAAAAAGCGUAAUAUAAAUAUAAGUAAAAUGAUGCGAUCGAAGGCCACGGCGGCCUUGAUGAAACUCAAGGAAAUCGACAGAAAGUACAAAAUGAAGUGCAGCGAGGAUCGCGUGAAACGGCAAUCCAGCUUGAGCGAUAUAAGCGCAGUCGACAGCGCGGACGAAUUAUCGAAACCCGCGGGUGAAUCUGGUUCCGGCGAUGCGAUUGUGAGGCCUAAAUUAGACGUGAGGAUGCCAGAAGCUUACUUGGAGCGCAGCGAAGGACGUCGAGGGCAGGAAGCCUCGGAGCCUACGGCCGAGUUGGUGACGAUUUUCGACUGUAAGUCGGGGAAAAAGAGCCCGCGCCAAGAAUCGGCGAAUUAUCAAAGAGACGGUCCGGCGGCCGGUGGAGCCGAAAACCAGGAGGCAAGAAAACGAUCCGAAACUCUGUCCCUGCAGGUCGAAUCCGAGCGAGAAGCCGCGGGCAAGUUAACGACGGAAACGGACACCUCGGUUAGCGAAGAAGUCCCGGAAGUCGUUCGGUCGAUCGCGCCAUUUUCACGUCCGGUCUCUGACCACCCAGACGUCCCUUCUCUCGGCGAAGAAAUAACUAUGAAAAGCGUCGAGUCGAUAAUUGAUGGGGAAGAAAGGCGAGCCAGCACCUUGGACGCCGAUUCACCGACCUUGAUGGCAUCCGCCGGCUAUUCUGACGACUUUGUUAGAAGUACGCCCUCUGCUGAGACUCUGAGUAUCGUGGAGGAGGAUCUGCAGGCGCAAGAACCGGAAGACUCAUAUUCGCCUUCGGGCUCUUAUCGGCCGCAACGGUCAUCGCCUACGUCGAUGCAGUUGGAAACUAAAAAGCUCACCCAACUCGUAGCGCCGAAGGUGAUUCGCGUCUUGAGCAAAUGCGACGCCGGUUUGGAUCCUGGCCUCAGCAAUUAUGUAAAAGCAUCGACGAACGGAAACACCGCAAGCCCCGUUUGUCUUCUCAGGUCUUCGCAGCCUUCGACUGAUCGCAGCGAUGAGAUUCGCCGGAUGAACCGGGUGAAACGAAGGCCUGCAGUUUCUUCCAGGGAUUCCUCCGGACUUUCGUCGAAAGAAGAUCCUGAAACCGGGAGCAGAAACGAGGUAGAAAUUAUUACUAAACAGGAUGAAACGUUGGCGGAAAAUCGUCGUAUAGUUUUCCUCAUGGAAGGUAAAAAUCCGCAGUCUACCAACCCCGCCGAGAUGCUUCAGAGACACGAAAGGGUUCUGGAAAAAGCGGAGUCUAAGAGCGUGAGAAACCGGGCGAGGAUCGAAACUCCAGUUUCACUGGUCGAAGAACUCGAUCUGCAGACUCGCUCCAAGGAUUGGGAAAAAGAGGAGAGCGCUGCUUCUGCGGCCGUACAGCAACCUGAACGGGUUCCAUCGUCCGAAGAAGCUUCCGCAGGCGGUGCUCGGUUUGCGACCGGCGUUGAAAAGCACCGGUCGAAAAAAGUCAAAACGGAGGAGCGCCAUCGGGCGGGCAAAAGUCGAACCAGAGAGAACCGGAAGCUCCGCCAUCGCCGGUCCGCAGGCGUAGAAGAAGAAACAGAUGCGAAACGGGUAGCUGGGGACGUGGAGAGGCUCAGAAGACGGUUAAAGGAGCUUCUUCUCGAACAGGAACGAGAUCAGCUUAGACCUCGCGUACGCAGAUACCUGCAGCAAAUUAUGGACGAGGAUGACGGAUUCGGGGACUGCGACGCAGCCUCGUCUUCUUCUGGAGUGCGACGAAACCGGAGUCUACGCUCCUUCUUCAAGCCGCUCGACCUCCCGAACGUCGCUGCCUUUAAACGACCCGAUUUCGAAGACGACAAGACCGCCAACCUGGACUGCGAGAGCCGUUUACAUUUGCGAAUGAUUCACGAACGUGUCCUUGGAAUACGACAUUGGCUGAAACAGCAGUUCGUCCUUUACAGAGACUACAGCAAUUUAGCAUCGACUAUUAACGCAACGUACAUCCCAGUCACUUUGAAAGAAACGAAAAAGAUGAUUCGUGAAACGCAACGUUUCCGUGAUAUUAUUAUUCGAGAGAGGCGAUGUCACGUGACAUGAUCAUUAAAUAAUUAUGAUGUAUGUACAUACAUUAUAUACUGUCGUUCAACUUCGGAUCUGGACGUAAUUAAGGCAAGAAGAAGCAAAGGAAGAACAUUUAAUUAUCAACGGCUUCGAACCUUUGUUAUAUAUACAUAUAUGUAGGUUAAUUAAUUACUCCUCAUAAACCAAAGUUUGCGUUAAUCACGCAGCUUGACAACGUCUUUUCGAUGAAGAAUUCUUCCG